AAUAUUAAUUGUAGUUGACCGAUUAUCCAAAUAUGUCGUACUCAUACCAAUUCCAUCAUCUACUAAUUCAAAAGAUAUUUUUCCAUUGUCACAAGAUCAAGUUAUGUUUACAUUUAGAUUUCCAUCCGUAAUUAUUUCAGAUAAUGAUCCGUUAUUCUCAAUUCCUGGACAUUGUACUUAA